CAAGCCGCCUUGGAUGGGUGUAGAUACAUGGGAGUUUCUUCUUGCAAAGUGGGAGACAAAAGAGUUCAAGGAUGUCUCCAAACAAAAUAAGAUUAAUCGAUCAUCAAGCAGAGGUGGGGCAGUCCAUACGUCUGGUCGUAUAGCUCACCAUGAUGUUGCACUUGAAUUGGCUAAAAAACUCAAGCGACCCGCACAUCCGGAUGAGCUCUUCAUUGCCACCCACAAAAAGAAGAAUGGGGAGUGGGUUGACGAGCGUGCAGCGAAAACACAUGAAACAUACGCGAGUAGUGUUACACAAGCCACACAAAGUGGUGCUGAUGUCGAUGGAUCAACAAGAAUACAAAUGUGGAAAGAAGUUGCAGGAGGUAAAACACGGGGGCGGUGUUAUGGAUCUGCACAAUUGGCGCGCAACGUAAGAUAUGGAGUGAGCUUCUUGACACAGGUGUCAAUUACAAACCCCAAUAGAGAGGCAGAUAACCAAGCCAUUGAGGCUGCUAGAGCUGAAGCUGCUGCAGCAUGUGAAGAAGCUGCACGAGCUAAUGCGCGGACAGAUGAAUUGGCAAAACAAUUUGAAGAUCUUAGGAAAAUGUUUGAUAUGUUCCAGUCUCGUCAGGCAGGUCGACCUUCUACUUCGAGUGAACAUUCUCAUUAUGAUUAUUCGGAGGAAGAGGAGGAUGAGGAAGAUGUUGCUGUUGAUGGUCAUGAUCAGGAUCAAUAGAGUUUAUUUAUGUCUAGAUUGUGUUAUGGUUUUCUUAUGUCUAGUUUGACUUAUAAGUAAACUUAUUUUGGUACACCUUGCCAUGUAUAAGUAAACUCGUAUGAGUAUAAGAUUGUGUUAUAAGUAAUG